AUGUCAGUUUGCAAGCAGUUUGGAAAAGACAAAGUAAUAUUUGCUACCGAAGAAGAUCAUAAAGUUCCGAGUACAGUGAAGCUUCCAGAACCUGAACCACAACCUGGACUAAUACUUCCUAGUGGAGAUAUUAAUUGGAACUGCCCUUGCUUAGGCGGUAUGGCAACAGGUCCUUGUGGCUUUGAAUUUAGGAAUGCUUUCAGUUGUUUUCAUUACUCUGAAGCUGAUCCAAAAGGAAGCGAUUGUUAUGAGAAGUUCAAAACAAUGCAAAAUUGUAUGCAAAAAUAUCCCACCUUAUAUAAUAAGGAUAUUGCUGAGGACGAUGAUUUUGCUGGUCUGGAUGAACCAAAAGGAAGUAGUGUUGUACCAGCUGAAAACAAAGAGUCAACAAAGAAUGUAAAAAGUGAGAGCUCAGUAUCUAAGGGCGGACUUAAUUUAGCCUAAGUUAUUGUAGACAAAAAUGUGAAAAUAUUGAUUAACAGUCUCAACUGUUUCGUUAAUCGAUAUGUUAGAUCUAUUGGUUUUUGUAGUAUAUGUAUAGCAAUUCAGUUCUAAGAAAUAUGCCAUUAUUAUUCAACACUCAAAUUGUUUCUACCAAAUAAAUCAUCUGUUCGUUUAAA